AUGAAUGCGGGUUUGCUCGCGGGGGAGGAUGCAACAGGGUGUCUAUCGGGGCCAGCGAGCAGGGAGAUCGAGCUGUCAACAGCGUGGACGGAAAAGCAGGGAGCCUCUGCUCGGGUGGCUGAGCGUAUCCGGAGGGCUGUCGGUGGCCAGAGGAACAAGUUUGGUGAUGCGCAAAAGGACAAACGGCCGGCGAUGACGACGGGGGCUUGGGCUGGCCCAGUGAUCGAUCAGUCGAUGCAGGCCGAGGGUCUUCGGAGGUUCGCGAAGCUUCGUCUCGCUUCUGCUGCGUCUUCUGCUCUCCGCUGCUUUCACUUCUUUCACCCUCUUUCUCUGCUUUCUCUGCUUCUCUGCUUUCGUUUCUCCGUCUCUUCGCUUUGCUCUGCCUUUUCCUUUGCGUUUGCUUGUUUGUUCUUUUUUCUUCCGGCGCAGAAAGAAAAGAAGAUGACGUCGUUGCUUAGUCAGCAGACUUUCACUGCAAGAAGAUGA